ACCAUCGAAAAAAAACGAGUUUAGGGUGCGAGAGAGUUGGUUUUUGCUGCCUCUAAAUUGUGAGACCGGACCUAAAUCACCUAAUUCCAUCCCCAAACCCUAAUCCUCGUUAUCUCUCUUGCAUCCUCCAAUCCAUUGCAGCCAUGUCGAGGAGAAAAACCAGAGAGCCAAAGGAAGAGACUGUUACCCUCGGUCCUGCUGUAAGAGAGGGAGAGCAUGUUUUUGGUGUUGCUCACAUCUUCGCAUCUUUCAAUGACACUUUCAUCCACGUGACUGAUUUGUCUGGAAGAGAAACUCUUGUUCGUAUUACAGGUGGGAUGAAGGUCAAAGCAGAUAGGGAUGAAUCUUCUCCCUAUGCUGCUAUGCUUGCUGCCCAAGAUGUUUCACAGCGAUGCAAGGAACUUGGUAUCACUGCUCUUCAUAUCAAACUCCGUGCUACCGGUGGAAACAAGACCAAGACUCCUGGACCAGGUGCUCAGUCUGCUCUUAGGGCCCUUGCUCGUUCAGGCAUGAAAAUUGGCCGUAUUGAGGACGUCACACCAAUCCCAACUGACAGUACCCGCAGAAAGGGAGGACGAAGGGGAAGGAGGCUGUGAAUGUUCUUGUUUGGACAUGGUUUGUAUGGUCUUCUCUAUAUAUGGAUAGUUUAGUCAUUGAAGCCCUUGUCAUUCAUUUCAUAAGUCAAAAACAUUUGAGUCUGGAUUGCAAGAGUUAAAGAACAGCAAUUUUGAUGCUAUUUUAAUAUAAAACCUUGUUUCAUUGGAUCA